AGUAAAACAGGAUCCAUUCUGUGACAAGAGCAGAAAAUUACACGACGAGAGAAACAGAGAAAAAGUUUGACAGUUUUUGUUCCACUGAAUCGUCUGAAACAAUCAAUAAAUUCAUUGUGAAGUAUUUUGUAGGUGAUAUUCUAGUCAGUAAAGAGGAACAUCAACAGUUCUUGACAGGUGUUCAGUGGACUGUUCAGAUGAUGUCAUGGACUCCACAAAGGAUCUCAGUGGACAGACAGACACAGGGAAGGUCAAGAGUGUCAUUCAUGGAGAAUCUCCUGAAUCCAUCUGUGUGUCCAUGAAGAGUGACCGGUCAAUGAAUGAACCACCUAAUUUCAGUUCUGGAGCCCCUUGUGCUGAUGUGAGUGUCAUUCAUGGAGAAUCUCCUGAACCCAGCUGUGUGUCCAUGAAGAGUGACUGGUCAAUGGAACAACCAGUUAACUUCAGUUCAGGAGAGUCUUUGAUCAACUACAGAAACAAACAGGAUGAAUCAGAGUCAACUGCUGGGAAAGUGACAUUGGACUCCAUUUUUGUGGAACUUGAGCACAAAAUCAUCUCUCUGAUGAAGAAAGAGCUGAAGAGUAUCAAGAGACUACUGAUCUCAGAUUCCCCAGCAUGCUCUGAGAGAGAGGAGGAGGAUGAUGAAGGUCAGAGCAGAGUCAGAGAGGGGUUUCUGAAGAUCACACUGCACGUCCUGAAGAAGAUGAAGCUGACAGACCUCGCUAACACACUUCAAACCAAACUGAUUUCUGUGCAUCAACAAAAACUCAAAACAAAACUAAAAGAGAAAUUCCAGAGAAUUAAUGAAGGAAUGUCAAAUCAAAGCAGCUCAACACUUGUGAAUGAGAUCUACACAGAGCUGUACAUCACAGAGGGAGGGAGUGCAGAGAUCAAUAAUGAACAUGAGGUGAGACAGAUUGAGACAGCAUCCAGGAGAGCAGAGACACAGGAAACACCAAUCAAAUGCAAUGACGUCUUUAAAGCCUUACCUGGACAAGACAAAGCCAUCAGAACUGUGCUGACUAAAGGAGUCGCUGGAAUUGGGAAAACUGUCUCUGUGCAGAAGUUCAUUGUGGACUGGACUGAAGGAAAAGCAAAUCAGGAUGUUCACUUCAUAUUUCCACUUCCUUUCAGAGAGCUCAAUCUGAUGAAGCACAAAAAUAUCAGUUUGAUGGAUCUUCUUCAUCAGUUUUUCACAGAUACAAAAGAACUGAGAGAAUUGAAAACAUUCCUUGAUGACUACAAAGUCAUUUUCAUUUUUGAUGGUCUGGAUGAGUGUCGACUUCCUCUAGAUUUCCAGAACAAUGAUAUUUUGUGUGAUGUGACAGAAUCGGCCUCAGUGGAUGUGCUGCUGACCAACCUCAUCAAGGGGAAUCUGCUUCCUUCUGCUCUGCUCUGGGUCACCUCUCGACCAGCAGCAGCCAAUCAGAUUCCUCCUGAGUGUGUUGACCAGCUCACAGAUGUACGAGGCUUCAAUGACCCUCAGAAGGACGAGUAUUUCAGGAAGAGAAUAAAAGAUGAGCGUCUGGCCAACAGAAUCAUCACACACAUGAAAUCAUCAAGAAGCCUGUACAUCAUGUGUCACAUACCAGUCUUCUGUUGGAUUUCAGCCACUGUUCUCCAGAGACUGUUGAGUGAAGCAGAGAGUGCAGAGAUCCCCAAGACUCUCACUCAAAUGUUCACACACUUCCUGAUCUUUCAGAGCAAACUGAAGAGCCAGAAGUAUGAUGGGAAAUGUGAGGUGAAUCUUCAGCAGGCUAGAGAGAGGAUUCUGUCUCUGGGAAAACUGGCUUUUCAACAGCUGGAAAAAGGGAACCUGAUCUUCUAUGAGGAGGACCUGAGAGAGUGUGGCAUUGAUGUCAGAGAAGCGUCAGUGUACUCGGGAGUUUGUACCCAAAUCUUCAGAGAGGAGUUUGGACUGCACCUGGGGAAGGUGUUCAGCUUUGUGCAUCUGAGCAUUCAGGAGUUUCUCGCUGCUCUGUAUGCUUUUAUUUCCUUUUAUCAACAGAAAUCAGGUCUCUUCAGUAAGUUUAAGUCAUCUAUGAGUGAUUUCCUGAAGAGUGAAGUUGACAAGGCCUUACAGAGUGAGAACGGACACCUGGACCUUUUCCUUCGAUUCCUUCUGGGUCUCUCACUGAAGUCCAAUCAGACAAUCUUACGAGACCUACUGACACAGACAGGAAGCAUCUCUGACAGCAAACAGGAAAUAGUUGAGUACAUUAAGAUGAAGAUCAGGGAGAAUCCCUCUCCAGAGAAAUCCAUCAAUCUGUUCCACUGUCUGAAUGAACUCAAUGAUCAUUCUCUAGUGCAGGAAGUACAAACAUACGUGAACAGAAGAGAUAUCAAUCGUCUCUCUGGAGUCCGUCUCUCUCCUGCUCAGUGGUCAGCUCUGGUGUUUGUGUUGCUGAACUCAGAAGAGGAGCUGGAUCAGUUUAAUCUGAGGAAAUAUGAUCCAUCACAUGAAUGUCUUCUGAGGCUGCUGCCGGUGAUCAAAGCAUCCAGAAAAGCUGAUUUUAUGGGCUGCAAUCUGACAGAGCAAAGUUGUUCAGCACUGGCCUCAGUCCUCAGCUCAAACUCCUCAAGUCUUAGAGAGCUGGACCUAAGUAACAAUGACCUGCAGGAUUCAGGAGUGAAACUUCUCUCUGAUGCACUGAAGAGUCCUCACUGUACACUGGAAAUACUGAGAUUUGCAGCUUGUAGAUUCACUGGUCAGUGCUGUGAAAGUUUGUCUUCAGUUCUACAAUCAUCAAAAUCCCUGAGAGAGCUGGACCUGAGUAACAAUGACCUGCAGGAUUCAGGAGUGAAGCUGCUCUCUGAUGCACUGAAGAGUCCUCACUGUACACUGGAA